AGAAUUCCCUGGGUAGACUCUUCAUGUAACCCGGAGGUGAAGUCAGAUUUCCUGUCGCAGAGGGAAAAUGAAGACCUCCAGGACGUGGGCUUGGAGGGCACCGGCAGAGCUGUUUCUUCUCUGUGCUGCCCUGGGAUCCCUCAGUGUGCCCAGCUCCAGAGGCGAAAGGCCACCCUCUCUUGGGUCAAACGCAAUCAAUGAGAGCCUUGCCAAGACUAGACAGACGCGGAGUGUGGAUGUCACGCCAUUGCCUAUUGAUUGUGAGCUGUCCAGCUGGUCCUCCUGGACCACGUGUGAUCCCUGUCAGAAGAAAAGGUACAGACAUGCCUACUUGAUCCGGCCCUCUCAGUUCUAUGGGGAACCAUGCAACUUCUCCGACAAGGAAGUUGAAGACUGUGUUUCCAACAGACCAUGCAGAAGUCAAGUGCGAUGUGAAGGCUUUGUGUGUGCGCAGACAGGGAGGUGCAUAAACCGAAGACUUCUUUGCAACGGGGACAAUGACUGUGGAGACCAGUCAGAUGAGGCGAACUGUAGAAAGAUUUAUAAAAAAUGUCAGCAGGAAAUGGAGCCAUACUGGGCCAUUGGCAGCCUGGCCAGUGGGAUUAAUUUGUUCACAAACAACUUGGAGGGCCCGGUUCUAGAUCACAGGUAUUACGCCGGUGUGUGCUCCCCCCAUUACAUACUCAACACGAGGUUUCGGAAGCCAUACAACGUGGAAAACUUCACUCCACAGACCCAAGGCAAAUAUGAAUUUACGCUGACAGAAUAUGAAUCGUACUCAGAUUUCGAACGUAACGUCACAGGGACGUCAAUUAGCAUGUCUAGUUUCAACUUGGGUUUGAAACUUACUGGAAUAUUUGAACUUGGCUAUAGCAGCACAAGUAAUAUUGGCCAACAUUUUAUUAGUAGGAUCAAACGAUUCUCUCACACGAAAAGCAAAUUCCUGCAUGCGCGCUCUGACCUUGAAGUAGCCCAUUACAAGCUGAAAUCCAGAAACCUCAUGCUGCAUCACGAAUUCCUUCAGCGAGUCAAGCGGCUGCCCUUGGAAUACAGCUACGGGGAGUACAGAGAUCUCUUCCAUGAUUUUGGAACCCACUACAUCACAGAGGCCGUGCUUGGGGGCAUUUAUGAAUACACACUCAUCAUGAACAAAGAGGCGAUGGAGAGAGGAGAUUACUCUCUUAAGGACGUCCAGACCUGUGCUAAACAUGAUUUUAAAAUCGGCGCCGCCAUAAAAGUGGUCUAUUUGAAGCUGGGUGUGUCAGAGGCAAAGUGCAGUCACAUUCUCAAUGAGAUAAAAGACAGAAACAAGAAGGACAGCAUGGUGGAAGACUUGGUGGUCCUUGUACGAGGAGGAGCGAGUGAGUAUGUCACAGCCCUGGCGUAUCGAGAGCUGCCAACAGCAGACCUGAUGCAGGAAUGGGGAGAGGCAGUGCAGUACAAUCCCGACAUCAUCAAAGUGAAGGUAAUGCCUCUGUACGAACUGGUGACAGCUUCGGACUUCGCCUAUUCCAGCACAGUGAGGCAGAACAUGAAGAAGGCCCUGGAGGAGUUCCAGAAGGAAGUCAGCCCCUGCCAGUGUGCCCCCUGCCAGGGGAACGGAGUCCCUGUCCUGAAAGGAACACGCUGUGAGUGCAUCUGUCCUGCUGGAUUCCAAGGCUCGGCCUGUGAGGUCACGCAUCGGAAAAAUGUCCCCAUCGAUGGGAAGUGGAAUUGCUGGUCAAACUGGUCUCCGUGUUCUGGAGGACAUAAAACAAGACAAAGGCAGUGCACCAAUCCACCUCCUGGAAAUGGGGGCAACCCCUGUUUGGGCCCUGCUUCAGAAACACUUAACUGUUAAGGAAGGGAAAGAAUUUAGCAGGUGAUGUUCCUGUGGUCUGCACAUAGCAUAAGUGCUGAGCCCUUAGAAAUCAAGCCAACUCAGCCCCACGCCUGCUUCCAUCUGCAGCUGGCCCAAGGGUGGAGGGCUGUGCCAUUUAGAAUGUUUAAAAUAAAUAUAUUAUUUGUCAAGUGCACAUUGGUUUGAACAAAUAGUAAGUUAAACAGUAAUUAGGGUCUCCUGAAGGGCUUAACCAUCCUGGUAAUCUUCACUUUGCUCAUCUCAGCAGUUUUAUUUUACUCACACUUACUACCAGCUGGGGAUUGUGUUGGAAGUUGUCCAUGUGAAAGUCCCACUAUCCACCAGUGACCUGCAAAGAGUAGGUUCCCAAUAUGGAUCCUUGAAUAGAUAUUAAACUGUCCCUAUCCUGAG